GAGGGAGAGCGGAUAAGAUGGAGGGUGUUGUCCGUUCUUUUUUUAAAGAAGCGAUAAGAUCUCCCCACCACCUCGGUCUUUUUCUAUAUAAACAAACGCGAAGGGGGCGUUUCCGCGCAUUUCCGGUGCAACUCCACUUGCUUUGGAUCUCGAGUUCCUUUGAGCAGUUGUUUAGAUUUGGAUAUAUGGCGAUUUCAAUGGGGAAGAUGGGAUCGAUCGGUGCUUCGUCGUCGGCGAGCUGGGUAGGGAGAGCUAGUGGGGGGAGGCGGAAGGGGGCGGAGAGGGGGGUGUGGUGCUCCGCCGCCGCCGCCGGGAGCUUGAGGGAGCAGUACCGGACGCUGAGGAUUGAGCCCGGCGCCUCCGAGAAGGAGGUCAAGAAGGCUUUCCGCCAACUCGCUUUACAGUACCAUCCAGAUGUGUGCAAAGGGAGCAAUUGUGGUAUUCAGUUCCAUCAGAUUAAUGAAGCCUAUGAU